UAAAGUUAAAUUGAAAUGAAAUGGAUACUAACCACAGAAUAAAAAAAGGAAGGUGCUAUAUAAAAUAGAGUCAUUGUGAAACCAAAGAAGAGAAAUAGAUUUUUUAGCAGAACACAGAAAAAGACGAAACUAGCCUCCAAAGAAUUGUUGAAUCACAGAAAACUCGCCACGAAAAAUAUCCCAAAUCCUGCAACUUGCACUUCCCUCUUCUUCUUCUUCUUCCCUUAUCUCUCCAAGAAAGAAACCAAAACCAUAUAGAGAGAGAGACACACACAAACGAACAACCACAGAAUCUUGAAAGAGUUCGAUUUGAUUAAAAUGGGGAAGAAGUGUGAUUUAUGUAGCGGUGUUGCAAGAAUGUAUUGCGAGUCAGAUCAAGCUAGUUUAUGUUGGGACUGCGACGGUAAAGUUCACGGCGCUAAUUUCUUGGUCGCUAAGCACACGCGGUGUCUUCUCUGUAGCGCUUGUCAGUCUCUUACGCCGUGGAAAGCCUCGGGACUUCGCCUUGGCCCAACUUUCUCCGUCUGCGAUUCAUGCGUCGCUCUUAAAAACGCCGGCGGUGGUGGAAACCGUGUUUCAUCGGAGAGUCGAGGUCAGGAGGAGGUUAACAGUUUCGAGUCCGAAGAAGAUCGGAUCAGAGAAGAUGAUGGCGGUGACGGUGCGGAAUCUUACGAUGAUGAUGAGGAGGAAGAUGAGGAUGAAGAGUACAGUGACGAUGAGGAUGAUGAUGAUGAUGAUGAUGAUGUUGUUGAUGAUGAUGAGGAAGCUGAGAAUCAAGUUGUUCCGUGGUCUGCGGCGGCGCAACCACCUCCGGUGAUGAGUUCUUCAUCUUCUGACUGUGGAAGCGGAGGUUCGGUGACGAAGAGGACGAGGACUAGGGAGAAUUCAGAUCUUCUCUGCUCCGAUGAUGAGAUCGGAAGCUCUUCUUCAGCUCAAGAGUCGAACUAUUCUCGGCCGUUGAAGCGAUCGGCGUUUAAAUCAACGGUUGUGGUUUAACUUACUCUAUCGUAUCGUCAGAUUGAAACGGCGCCGAUACAUCGUCUUCUCUGAUCUUUGCGAUCUCCAAAACAAGGAGAGAUCUCAGCCGUUGAUUCCUCUUUUUUUUUUUCCUUUUAAGUAAAUCAGCACCGUUUAUUUUCUGACAGUUGAUGAGGUAGUUCUUUCUUUCUUUCUUGAUCCUUUGUCGUACAAAAUCGAUUUUAAACUUUUUUAUUUGACAUAUCAAUAUCAUUAUUAUGUUGAUCUUUUUUUGUUAAUCUAAGUAAAUUAAUUUGGAUUCGUAAGUUUAUGACUUUAUAUGUUAUAUGAUUGUAUUCUAUGGAUCAAAGGAUUGGGGAAUAG